AUGUCUACCAACCAAAACAAAGCAAGCGUUCACCCCUUGAAGGCCACUGCCGAGGCGAUUGCCGGAGGAACCCAAGGGGAGUAUCGCGCUCCUCGCAUGAGUCACAUGCAGAGUGCCAAUGAGGGCCCUGCCGACAUCAUCUCCAAGGUCUCUGGCGCCUCGCAAGGCGGCAAGAGGGUGGACGAUGGAGCCUACUUCACCAACAACGAGGGCCAUCCUUUCCCGGACCCUAAGACUAUUGGGGGGAUUCCCGUUGCGAGCGAUGUCCACCUGUUUCAGAAACAGCAGACCUUCAACCGCUCCAAGAAUCUCGAGCGAAUGGUCCAUCCUUGUGGUUCUGGCGCAUUUGGGUUCUUCGAGUGCACCGACGACGUGACCGAGUUGACGAAAGCAAACUUCCUCUCGACUGUUGGGGAGAAGACACCCGCCUUUGUACGCUUUUCCACGGUGACCCUUGGACGCGAGUUCCCCGACGAGGCUCGCAACCCGCGUGGCUUUGCCAUCAAGCUGUACACUGGCGAAGGCAACUAUGACAUUGUUGGGUUGAACUUUCCUGUGUUCUUUUGCCGUGAUCCUAUUCAAGGUCCGGAUGUCAUUCGGUCUCAGGCCCGCAACCCGGACAACUUCCUGCUGGACCAUGACGCCCUGUUCGACCUCCUCGCCAACACUCCCGAGGGAAACCACGCCGGCCUCAUGUUCUUCAGUGACCACGGUACACCGCAGGGCUGGCGGUUCAAACAUGGCUACGGCUGCCACACGUUCAAGUGGGUGAAUGCAGAGGGCCGCUUUGUCUACAUCAAGUACCACUUCAUCGCCAAGCAUGGUCAGAAGCAGUUCACCGACAGCGAGGCCAUGCAGAUGUGUGGCGAAGACCCAGACUACUCCAAGCGAGACCUGUGGCAGGCGAUCGAGAAAGGUGAGGAGAUUGAAUGGACGGCACACGUUCAGGUCAUGGAUCCUAACGAGGCCGACCCCGACUCUUUGGGCUUCGACCCAUUUGACGUGACUAAGGUCUGGCCCAGGAAGCAGUUCCCCAUGCGCAAGUUUGGCCGUCUUGUUCUGAACAAGAACCCCGAGAACUUCCACCGCGACGUUGAGCAGGCUGCGUUCUCGCCCGGGAGCAUGGUACCCGGCAUCGAGGACUCUCCUGACCCGCUGCUGCAGUUCCGCAUGUUCUUCUACCGCGACGCGCAGUACCACCGCAUCGGUGUCAAUUUGCACCAGGUGCCGGUCAACUGCCCCUUUAUGGCCAAGUCGUACGCGUCACUCAACUUUGACGGGCAGAUGCGCGUCGACGCGAACCACGCGGGCAACAAGCAGUAUGCGCCCAACAGCUUUGCUCACAAGUUCAGACCCGAUGCGGCUGAGGCUCCGUAUGCCGUCAACGACAACAUUGUCAGCCGCAAGAGUCACUACUGGCACGAGGGUAAGAAGAGCGACUACGCACAGGCGACGGAGCUCUGGACGAAGGUCAUGUCUGAGCAGGAGAUGAAGAACACGUGCUACAACACGGCCAAGGGCCUGCGCAGGGUCCAGUUUCCCGAGAUCCAGUACAAGUAUCUUGCGCAGAUCUACAACAUCGCACCAGAUUAUGCGCGAGGCGUCUACGACGGCCUGACCGACCCGCAGUUUGGUUUUGACAAGGUCGAGGAAAUGGCCAAGACGGCGCACGUCUGGUACAAGGAGAAGAAAUUCCAGCCGUCGACUGAGAACAAGCUGGUCGGCAAGAUGCCAUCGAUGCCUGUUUACAAUGUCUGA